UCCGAGUUCAAAGUGAAAACGAACGAUCCACUCCCCAGCCACACUGUCCUCGGAUAGACGGGGGAAACAGCAAGACUGCCCCAGCUCCCGGGACUCCUCUCAGCUUUCCUCGCCGCCCUUGGCUCCCCCACAUCUCAUUCCCUCAUGGUACAGCCCUUUUCUCUUAUCGCGAUACCGGAAGCUUCGUGCUUCUGGUUGCCAGGGGAACAGCGUCCCUGGAGGCAGGAGGGCUUUGGACGCACAGCUCCUUCCCCUUCCAGAAAAGCUGUGGUGACGGGAAAGAACCCUCCCCUUUGGGGAACAGGGGGUGACGCUGUCAGCCGGUGCGCUUCUGCGCCCGUCAAUGCUUUGCUGUCUGGUGACUGGCUCCCAGAGUUUCCGCCGCGAAGGAUAUCAAUGGAUAUUAUAAAGGGAAACUUAGAUGGGAUUUCAAAACCAGCCUCAAGUUCAAGAACGCGUCCUGGGAGUAGAGGUUCAAAUGCUUCUUUGGAGGUGCUCUCACCAGAACCAGCAUCCUUCAUGGUUGAUACUGCAAUCAAGUUGAACUCUGGUAUAAAGGGCCACUCUGAGAGGAGUAAUGCAGAGGAAAAUGGAAACAGUAAUGAUGAUAAAGGGGAAAAUGAUUCUGCAAAACCAAAAUUGGCUGAAGAAGGCUCAGAUGAAGAUCCGAACUUGGUUCAACACCAGAUAAUCCCUGGAUGUGCAGAUGAACCGGAAUUAAAAGAAUUAGAUUCUCAACUUCAAGAUGCUAUUCAGAAGAUGAAGAGGCUUGAUAAAAUAUUGGUGAAGAAACAAUACAGAGAAAAAGAAAUUAAGAAGCAAGGUCUAGACCUGAGAAUAAAGCUGUGGGAAGAACUCAAGUCUGCAAAAACUAGUGAAGCUUUGCAAAGUAAUGAGGAGAUGGAAAAUACAAAAAAGUUUCUAGCUUUGACCGCUGCAUCAGAAGAAACUGUCGAUCCUUCUUGCUAUGAGCAUGAAGACACCUUUUUUUCAGUGUUUCACACUCAAGUCCCUCCAGAAGAAUAUGAAAACCGUAAACAGAAUGUCAAUCAAGAUUUUACCUAUGAUGUGGAAGGAAAUGAGUCAUUGAUCAGAGCAGAAAAGAAACCUUUCUCAAAUACAGAAAAGAUUAAGCUCAGGGGUAAACACAGCCAGGAUUUUAUUAAACGAAACAUUGAGUUGGCUAAGGAUUCAGGAAUGCCAGUGCUUAUGAUUGACAGAGAGAAGAAAAGGCUGACUGAACUUUUGAAGGACUUAGAUGACAAAGAUUCGGGGCUGUCCAGUCCUGAGGGCGAUCAGUCUGGCUGGCUGGUCCCAGGAGAAGGAUACACAUUUGCAGUCACCCAGCACCAGCAGCUUGCCGAAAUCGACACAAAGCUCCAGGAACUUUCUGCAGCCUCACCAACAGCUUCCGACUUUUCUCCAAGACAUGGAAACCACAGCGAUCAGGAACCUGACCUUAAUGAUGAUGAUAAAAAUAUGGAAAUAACUCCAGGAGAAAAGGUACUUCGGAACGCCAAAGAGCAACGGGAUCAGCAAAACCGGCUGAGAGAGAUAGAUGACAAACUGAGAAAGAUGAAGGAAAAUGUGUUAGAUUCAACAUCACCUCUCUCUGAGGAACAGUUAAAGUGUCUUCUGGAUGAAUGCACACUCAGACAAAAAUCCAUGAUUAGACUUUCUUCAGAAAGGGAAAAGGAAGACGUAGAGGAUUCAACAGCCCAGUCCCCCCAUCUUUCCAGAUCUGUCCUCUCUGAGCUACUAAAUGGGUCAGAAACAAAAGUCACAAGCACAGAGGUAAAAGAUGCAAAUAUGUCUGAGAAUGCAGAAUGUGAAACAUGUACAGGUUACUAUCUCACCAAAGCCUUGACUGGGCAUUACAUGUCUCAAGCACUUGUCAUCGAAGCAGAGAAUUUGAGGUGCCUCCAAUUUCCCAAGGACAAGGUUAUUAGUGACACAAAGGACUAUUUUAUGUCAAAGACUAUUGGCAUUGGGAGACUGAAAAGGCCCUCUUUCUUGGAUGAUCCACUGUAUGACAUCAAUGUGAGCCUUUCAUCUGAAGACCAUCGUCUGGAAGUCAGCUCUCCAGAGAUACCAAAAAUGGAUGAAGAGGAGACUGAAGAUGUGACAGAAGACUGGAAAGAAUCUUGAGCGAUGACUUUCUGGGCGUGCUUGCUUUGAAGGAAGUUGGUAAAUUAAACUGUUUUCUGAAUUCUUACAUUCAUUGACUGCAUCUAUAGAGACCAUUCCUCAAAUACUGACUUUAAUAUUUGGAUUCUCUCUUCCUAGGUUUUGCUUCUUUGAUAGUUUUGAGACAUGGGGUGCAUUUGGUCAGUGAUUUUUUUUCUUCACUGAAAUGCCUGGUGAAAUUGUGUUUUAUUGCUAAUCUUGCAACAUCAGGGAUAUGUUAUAAAACCAACAUUUUAUGUAUGUGUGGUGCUUUGUUAAAACUAGAUGAAGUACUAUGAUGACUUUAUAUUUGAUUUUAUAUGUUACAACUUCAUUGUGAUUUAGACAGAUGGAAUCGUUAUGAAUUCUUAUUUGGGCCCUGAUUUUCCAGCUUUCUUCCCGUCUGGUGCCUGUUAAGUACAACUUGCCAUAGAAAGAAAUGAAUUUUCUCAACAAAGCAAUGUUAGCCUGGACUUUGCUUCCUUACUAGCAGUGGUAUUUUGCUCAAGCAAGAGUUUGAUUUACUUGAAUUACUUGAUUUUUAGUACCAUUUAUCAUCUUGCAGAAUUUGCCUUUUAGAAUGCAGCAAAUAAAUCAUCCAGAUUGGAAGGAGUUUAUAUGUCAGGAUUUUGAGCAGAGGUUCUGUGCUUCGCUUUAAUUGAACUGCCUUAAUCACAUUCUCUCUGAAGCAAAUUCUGUGGCUGCGGGUUGGACUCUGAUGAUUGCUAUAGUCCAGGAUUCAUGCUUACUGUCCUAGAUGGAAGUUAGGUUAAUCUCCCUGGAAUAACCUCUAGAAACUAGGGGCAAUCAUAAAGAGUCAGCAGUAACCAUGAGUGUUGAGGAGGAAGUGAACAUACAUCCACUGCAAUUACUAACUUUCUACUUUGUCCCAAUGAGAAUACUAUGGUAAACCCUCUAAAUUUAAGUAGUUUGGAGACCAGAGGGGACAGAUACUAAUUAAUUAGUAAAAUAUUAAAUAAUUUGUUCUUGCUCCUCUACAUUGGACUUACAGAUGUCAUAGAAAGAGACCACCACUUUCUAGGUGUUAACUUAAUACACAACUAUUAUGAAAGGACCAUAUGAAGAGGUCUCCUAUGACCUCUUCUAGGACCUUCUAAGGUCAUACUUAUGCAGCAGGGAUGGAUGAUAUUCUUAAUCAAAGCGCCAUAAGCACCACAUAGAGAGGGCAAAGGGAAGACACUCACACUUUUUUCUCCAGAGUGCAUUAAAAAAAAAAAAAAGUAGAAUGCAGCAAAUAAAGAUGAGCUACUUAAGAAAUGGUCUGGGGUACUCUUGAGAGAGAGAGAAGUUUUGUCUAGUUACAAGUCAGUAACUUGGAUUCAUGAGAAAAUUUUAUGUCAACACUUUAUACAAUGAAUUGGCACGAAGUCCAAUUUAUUUCUGAUGAAAAAAAUGAGUUAGCUAUUGUGCUACCUUUAAUGAAGGUUGGGGUAAUAGGUAUGUAGCAUGAUUCUUUUUUGCUCACACACAUUUUCAUCUGCUGAUAGUUGAGGAUGUUAAUGAUUGCUUAUAUCACAUUUCCUUGACUUUGGAAAAUAAACUCUAUAGCUAUUACAUUUAGAGGAAUGGAUAAGCGAUUUCUUUUUUGAGCCUCCUUUUUCAGUUUACAUUAAACUAACAAUGGUUCAUAUUGAUGUCAAUGUGUGACAGCGCGAUUUAUCUUGACGCUGAGUUUUGUUGGGGGAGGGUACCAGCAGAUGUUAAAGUCGUGCUGUUGGACGCUCCUAAAAAUGACACAUGCAUUGUAAAGUUUGGGUCAGGGGAGGGGUGUUAUGGGUGGGAAUUUGCAGUGGUGACAGAGAGGAGCCAUUUUUGCCCAUCAAACUUUAUGAAGACCUCAGGUUUCUAAAUCUCUGUGCUUCUGGUAUUUGAGUGUGUGCAGUGGGGCUGGUUGGGGGGGGGAGUUUUGUUGGGGGUGGUGAGAGCUUAUGGCUUUCUAAUGUGUUUCUGCAAACAGUACUUGAGGCAUACUGAGCUUUUCUGUUAUAGGAGUUUAAGAGAAGGGAAGGAAUACAGAAUGAUCUCAAGUAAUGGAUUUUUUUCAUGAAAAGAGGUGACACAGUUCAUUCCUUAGCAUGUCAGCUGAAGGUACUUCUAACAAGGAUUGGUAAGCUAAAUUUAGAAUACAAUUCAGAUGAGAUCAGGUGCAUUCAAGGGAUACAAUAUAAUUCAACGCAAAGGCUCCAGAAUUUUUUAAAAAAAUGUUACCCUGAUAGGGAAAGUGUUCUUAUUAAAAAUCAGUGUUAUUAUUUUAAGGUUCCCUCUAGACCUGAUUCUUUCCCCCAGAACAAGAUCGAGAAGAAAAACUCUGAAAGAGCAAGAGCUAGCUCCUAUUAGAAACAAAUUUAGGAUCUUAAAAUUGAAGUUUUUUGCUAUGACUUCUCAGGAAAACUACCCGCACCACCUUUAUUGCAAAUCCCCACAGGACCAAAAGUUUAUUGGCCUUUAAUCCAAUUGUCUCUAAAACACAUGAUCGUAAACUCUCUUAGCAGGAAAACUCUCUUAGCACCUUGAUGGCAUAAUCUUAGUUCUUAACAAGCCUUUUAUUUCCGUACAGUCUACCGAUUUGAAGGUCAGUCUCAAAGUAAACACGAAGGAUACCCAGGAAAAUAGCUCCCGUUCCUGGACACUUUUUGUGUCCUAUCAGGAUCUUUACAGUUCCUAUAGGUUUGCUCCUUAAAAAGUGAAUUGGGGCUGCCUGAGGGGCUCAGUUAAGCGUCAGAUUCUCGAUCUCAGCUCAGUCUUGAUCUCAGGGUCAUGAGUUCAAGCCCCGCAUUGGGCUCCACGUUGGACCUGGAGUCUACUUUAAAAAAAAAAAAAAAAAAAGUGAAUUAGAAUUCUCUCCGAAGACUUGCCAUGUUUGUGCUCCUCUGAGAAGGGAUGAUGUCCUGUUUCAAAGAAUUAUCUUUCAGAUCAGUUUUCCAAACUCUGUAGCCCUUUUUGAUAUCUUAGAGUUCUUUAUUCUUUACCUAGGCACCAUGAAAUGAUUUGGUAAUUUAUACUUCUGUAUGAUUAUGCUGCCUUAGAUGGGAGAAGUGUUUUUUUUUCUUUUAAUGUUUACUUAUUUUUGAGAGAGACAGAGACAGAAUGCAAGUGGGUUAGGGGCAGAGAGAGAGGGAGACACAGAAUCCAACGCAGGCUCCAGGCUCUGAGCUGUCAGCAGAGAGCUUGACCAGGGGCUUGAACUCACAGACCACGAGAUCAUGACCUGAGCUGAAGUCAGACGCUCAACUGACUGAGCCACCCAGGUGCCCCGGGGGAAGUGUUUUUAGAAUAAGAGGGAAAAUCAACAAGAAUCUAUCUCAGCCAGUCAUGUGUGGUGUUUCAUGGAACCCCAAAGCCAGACCUUUAACCUACUCACAAGAUUUCUGAUUGUACUUGUUGUUAUUAAAACUGGAAAUUAGUCAAUAUUUUGCUUUCAUUGUUAGCUCACCCAUACUCAAGUUCUGCUUAUUGUAAUGCUUUGGUCUUCUCUUUAAAAAUUUGAUACUUGAUGUGUAUUUUUUGGAUUUCUUCCAAAUCCUUUUAGUCCUGUUUUUGACCAAAGGUAAAUUCAUCUUCUGACAGGGGAUGUCUAUAAAGUUUGGCCCAAUUUGGUAAUGACGGUUCCUCCCUCAUUCGCACUUCUAACGCUUCUCGACGACAUGUAAUUGUGUGCUACCUAUCCAGUGCCGUCAGGCAUGAGCCAGAAAAUGUAGCCGUGAGCAUUGUGUGCGCCUCGCUUAUAUUUUUUUCCCUUUGUUUUCAUUGUUCUUUUUAGAAACAGAACUGUACUCUGAAAUGGACUCAACGUUUAAUUACCUUUCUAAAACAUAAAAUUGUAUCCUAUUGGGGUCCACCUUUUGAGUCCUUCCUUUGUUUUUCAUAGGGCAGGCUAAUGUUUUGUUCUGAUUCCACAAAUGCAGCAAAUGUGUUUUGCAAGCAAAUCAGUCACCUUCAAUUGGAUAGAAACUGUCAAUGUUACUAAUAUUUACUGUAAUGUCUUGUGUAUGUUGUAUUGGUUUAGGAAUGGAGUUUACCCACACCUCAUAACACAGCCAGUAGAGAAUAAAUAAACAUGGAUACAGUAAGUAUAAAUAUAAAUUUCCAUAUGAUUUAUUGUCGUUCCUUGUACGUAACAGUAAUAUACAAACUUACACUGCUUUUAGAAUGUAAAAUGGAUAAAAAUGUGUACAAAAAAAGCACAUUCCUAGAAAAAGGUAUUGGUAAAUAGUAAAAACUGGGGGGUAACAAGCGAAAAACAAAUCAAAAACAAAACAAGAACCCCAACAAUUCUUCAAUUCAGUGUGCAAACAUUUUAUAAAAAUAGAAAUACUAACUCUACAGGCAGUAUUUCCUGAUAAAUUAUUUAAAUAGCGUAUCUACACAAUCUGAGAUCUAUUCCAAAGGCAAUGAGAAAAUAAUUUAUAAAAAUAAAGCAAUGGUAUAUAAGAUAGAAAAAACAUAACUUUCAGAAAAUGUAUUUAACAUUUCAAUGCUAUUUCCUUAUUGGGAAUACUUCUCUGCAAAGAGUUUUUAUACUAUGUACAACAUUGACUUUUUUUUUUUUUUAAGGUACUACAGUAGCUUUAAGUUUGUAAGACACUUAAACUCUUUCUGCUUGAUCCAAAAAUUCUUUACUCAGUCACACAACAAAUGAGGUAAUAUUUGUAUAGAAGUUUCACCUUUUUUUUUUUUUUCUUCUUCUUUCCUCUUUUGGAAAAAUGACAAAGUGUAGAUGCUUUUCUUCUCCCUGGAAAUAGGCACAAGGGAUAGGGUACAACAGUAUUAAAGGACUCUUGGCUUUCUUUUUCAAAGUUACAAACACUAGCAAAUGGGCAACUGAUUCCACUUGAAAAGACAAAAAAAUCCCAAAUCAUUCACUCUGAGCACAAAGCAAAGAGCAGCCUGCGCUGAUUUUCCUUGUGCCGUUCUUGUGAGAGAUUUGCUGAUAAAUCUCCACUACCUGCUGUCAAACACUUUCCACGUGAAACCUAGAUUCCAGGUAGAACAGAGUUAAUAAAUAAUCUGUAUUUACAAUCUUACAGUCAUGAAGACUCCUAACGAAGAUGAUCCAGAUAGUCCUUACGCUUCUUCCUGUUCCAUGAAUAGUCUUUCAGACAGAUCCGCCAAAGUAAAAAAUAAAUAUUUUAUAUUGUAAAGCGUUUGUAAAAAAAAAAAAAAAAACCCAAAAAACAAACAAAAAAAAAAACCCAAAAAACAAAAACAAAAAACCAAAAA